GUACAGAAACAUGACGGGCUUCAGUGAGAAGGCCAUCUUGAUCGAUGGCAGAGGCCAUCUGCUCGGGCGUCUUGCGGCGAUCGUAUCCAAAACUCUUUUGCAAGGUAGCAAAGUCACAGUAGUGAGAUGUGAGCAGUUGAACAUCUCUGGAAACUUUUACAGGAACAAACUGAAAUUCUUGUCUUUCCUUCGCAAACGGUGCAAUGUUAAUCCUGCACGAGGACCAUUCCACUUCAGGGCCCCAUCCAGAAUUUUCUGGAAAACAGUUCGUGGAAUGUUACCCCACAAAUCUGAGAGGGGAAAGCAAGCUCUUCGUAGGCUCAAGGCAUAUGAAGGAAUCCCACCUCCAUAUGACCGUAGGAAACGUGUGGUUGUACCAGGAGCAUUGAGGGUAAUCUGCCUCAAACCUGGCCGCAAAUACUGUCAUGUUGGAAGGCUGUCACAUGAGGUUGGCUGGAAAUACCAAUCUGUUGUGCGUACUUUGGAGUCCAAACGUAAAGUCAAGGCUGUUCUGUCUAUCCGCAAGCGUGACAAGCUUAAGAAGAUUACUAAGGCUGCCUCAGAGAAGGUUGCCAAGAAGACUCAGCCUUUCACAGCUGUUAUUAAUUCUUAUGGUUAUAACUAGGACUAAUAAAAUGUAUUUGAUCU